CUUGGAACCCAAUAAAAAAUUGUUGUUUAAUUUUUUUUUUCGGCCAUGAAAUUGGAAAAAUUGAAAAUUUUAUCGUUAAAUCUUUUUGUGAUUAUGUUUAAGGCCACAACAUUAAAUCCCUAUCGUUUGCAAAGAAAUUUAGAGGAGAACUUCAAUAUCAAAAAGGUGGAAAUUUAUUUAUCAAAACCCUGUGGCUCCUCAUUCCAUUUGUGUCAUCACGUCUUGGUGUGGCUAGUUUCCCUGUUUCUUGUGUCUAAAUUUCUGGCUGGUUACAUGACAUUGGCGGCUAAUGUUAUUGCCUUUUGGAAAAAUUCUUGGUUCCCCAUAUUAACAGAGGCCUUGCCACAACUCUUAAUACCUCCCUUGUUGGCCCAAGCCUUUGAUCACAUACUUCUGAAUUCCAUUGAAGUUGUUUUGGGUUAUUUGACGCUAUAUUACUUUGCACCCACAACGAACAGUAAGGUUAGCAUAUUGGUUAUAUUUCUAACGGCAAUGACAAUCAAAAUUGUUAUAGCCAUUGGCACCUUAAACAUCUACUCCGAUUUCUAUCAACACCUUAAGAAGCCCAUACAUCGUGGCCAUGAAUCAUUUGAGUCACUUCCAGAUCAUGAGUUUUUCAUAAAAACAAUUAAACUGAAUUGAAUUAUGCAAAUACAUACCGGAGCAACUUCGUUGACAUCGAUAAUUUGUAUGAUCAAAAGACCCAUGCCUUGUUGGACAGUGGGUGCCGUACUAUCGGUGACCAGUACAUUUAUUCUUAUCACCUGGAAUGGAUAUAUAUAUAUGAUUAUUGAAAUAUUUAAAUUUUCUUGUGAUAAAAACUCACCGCAAACAGA